AUGCAACCCCUAAACCCCUUCCUCGCUGCCUUCUUCAAGAGCCCCAUCCCGUCGCAGUGCAGCCCGGUCCAGUACCACGUCCUCCUGGUUCCCACCACCGAUGUCCUCCUCACCUCGCGUGAGGCCGAGGCCACUCCCGGCUCCAGCAUUGCCGAGACCGUUUCUACAGACGACUUCCUCGCCAGCCAUGUUCUGCGCAUCCCAGACCCGACCAGGCCGGUGGGAGGCACCAACGGGAAUGGCCCGGCCGGUGGAGGGAAGGACUCGAUGCCGAACCUGCGCGAGAUGAGGGGCAAGGCGAAGCAGUAUAAUACGAUUAAUGGGAGGAAUGUCGUAAUCAAGGACAACGUGGUGUAUACGAACAAAGGCUUCAAGACGUUGGCCUCUGCCAACCUCCUCGGGGACGCGAUCUGGUACUCAGACACACUAGAGCCUAGGGGGUGGCUAGUCUACUACAUCUCGCGACCGCUGGUGGGAUCAUGGGAGGAGAUCAAGAUCACGCCCGCAGUGCUCGUCGAGGGGACGAGGAGGGCCGGGGCACUACAACAGAAUGGUGCAUCACCACAGUCGGAGACCAGCGACGCCUCCAUGGUACCCAAAAAGAAGGAGAUUAAGAGCUUCCACGACCUGCUCAACCACUUUCCCAUCAUCGCGAGGCAGAUGCAGACCGGGCUCGAGAAGCUGUUCCGCGAGUUCACAUUGGUCAUAGAGCGUCCAUUACCACCGCCUCCAUCAGCAUCACAUAUUCCAGACCCUACACCGGAGGGACCCAUCACUACAGCCACGAGGAACGCCAGGUCGAACAGCAUGUCACAGGUUUCAAAAUUGCCGUCUAACGGCCAGAGGGCGCAGAAAUUUCUGGAGCCGUUCUAUGCCGAAGAUGACGAAGAGGUUUUCCGAGUCUCGCUAGAGACGGCCGUGACGAAUGCGAUCGAUCUCUUCCAGAGUGUCGACAAACAGCAGCUAUCACUUCUAGGUGCGACGACUGAGCUGACGGGGCCGGUGGUGGAGCGGCUGAUCGAGCGCUAUGUCACGGAGAAUGUGCACAACAUGCUGUUCCCUAGGCUGGCUGCCCUCAAGAGGCCCGAGGAUCUGGAGCUCGAGGCCAAGAUCCGACAGAUGGAUUUCAUUGAUGUGUCGCAGCUGGGUAUUUUUAUCGAGGGCGGCCAUCGAGGAAAGCAGGAGCUCAUCUCCAGGCUGGCGAGGGCUAUUGACGAGUUCAAAAAGAUCACAAAUGCUGGAAGCCCACAGGAGAUGAUGGAUAUUCUACUAUCGACCAUGAAGUCUCUGACGCAGCUCGGAGAUGCGCCUCCAAUACCGGACAACCGUCCCGUGACGCCUUCUGCAGAAAAGACGAUCCUCACCAUCAAUGCGGAUACGUUGGUGUCACUCCUUCUCUUUGUUGUGAUCAGGGCACAGAUUAAGCAUCUGCAGGCGCGAUUCUUAUACAUGCGCCAUUUCAUCUUCGUGGAAGACGUCGACAGCGGCGAGAUGGGAUAUGCCUUGAGCACAUUUGAAGCUGUGCUCGUUUACCUUGAUCGCGAUUCGACAGGCCUGCGCAGGGCGAGCCAUCGGAACAAGGUUCUCUGGGAUGCGACAGCUCAGGGCGACCUCGAAAUUUUGCAAAAGAUCAUGGAACCCAGUGGAAAUGCUGUAGACGACGCGGUCAAUGAGGAGGAAGCUGCUGCUCUGUCGUCGGCUCGAUCGAGUCGGCGGGCAUCCAUGAGCAGCAGUCACUGGAGUUUCAUAAACGGAUCAUCAAGGAGAUCCUCCACCGUCUUGACGAACUCUGAGCGCUUCUCGAUGGGAUCCGACCUCAGUCACGUCUUUCCUUUCAACAGACAUGAAGACCUGGAUAGUACAACAGAAUCCAUGUUCCCACCCUUGAAACGCAUUAAAAAGGUGGCCAUGGAUGUGCGAAGCCUCUCGAGCGGAUCGGAGAUCUCAUUCCACUCCCGAUCUGGGAGUAUUGGGACCAUUGGAAGCGGAAUCGAGGGUGACACAUCGAUCGAGCGACUAUCCCAGACGCAAGACUCGUUUGGCGAGUCUAUUCUCAUGAUGGCCGUGCAAAAUGGACGUCCAGAGGCCCUGACAUAUCUGCUCGGCCUCAAGUCCUACUACCCGCCGGACGUCGUCCUUGAGGACAGCAAUAAUGAAGAAACGACCCUCUUCAGCGCCGCUGUUCAGCUUGGCGACGAGAGGGUGAUUCGAAUCUUGUUGGACUUCAUGAACAAUGAGCCCGGCAUUACGGAAGACAAGAUGAGGUUGUAUUUCGCUAAACAGGAUGUAUGGGGUCGCAGCGUGGCUCACUACAUGUUCCAUGCGCCUUUUCUAAUUAUCAACUAUGGGAGGAUGAUGCCGUGGACCCUUCAGGAUAAGAACGGGCAGACACCGCUCUUCGCAAUAUGCCGCUCCUACGACCAUACGCUGUACCACGCGAUGGUGCAGCAAGCCCUCGAGAUCGCGACCGAGUGUCAAGGCGACGGGCAGCCCCUUCAUCUCGACGAGCAUAUCGAUGCGAAGGGCAACACCCUGCUCCACAUCAUCAACGAUGCGCAGCUCUGCCUGAGGGUGCUGCAGAAAUGCGACGCAGACGUCAACGCAGUCAAUGAUCGAAAGUUCACUCCCCUGAUGGUGGCCAGCAAAUAUGGCCGCUUCGAUGUGGUUCGAGCCUUCUUUGGUGAUGCCAGGGUUGAUAUCACGGCCAAGGAACUUCGCGGGUUGACGGCUGUGGACCUCGCCAAAGAUGACGAUGUUCGCAACAAGAUUGACGACCUUGUCCUUUUCGGUGCGCCUCCAGGAAACGAGUCUCGCACGACGGCCGUGGUGCGGUCCUAUUUUGUUGAGGAUGCCAGCAUUCGCUUCGUGCUGAAAUCUGGCGCGCCGGUGGACAAGCACAGUUAUGCCGUGACGACCUGUAGGCGAUCGCUGACGGACUUUGAGCACCUCGCGAAGCUUUUGUGCAUGGAGAACCCAGCCUCGUGGAUACCGUCUCUGGCCGGCUUGCGAUCACCGUUCCAGAUCCCCGUCAAGCCUAGCAGGGCGGUCCUCAAGGACCUGCAGAUCAGGAUGGACUGGUUCCUGCGCAUCUUGCUGGCUCACCCGACGUUUGCGACCCACGAGAUGCUGUGGGAGUUCUUCCUAGUACCGGAUCUACAGCCUGACAUGAUGGAGCAGCGCACCAAGCUCAAAGCCGACACCCGUGUGGAAAAGGUCCGCGAGGAGCUCGAGCCUCUAGAGGAUGUGCGCGAGGUUGAACAGUUUGUCGAUCAUGCCCGCGAAAACGUCCGCAGCGUCAACCACUCGACAAAGAGCGUCGCGCGAAGGACAAACGUGGUUGGCAAUGCUGCCCUGGAUCUAUACGAUUCGUCGGUGCUCCUGCAUCGUGCUGUGUCUACCCUACCUUUCCUCCCGCCGGCGCAUCUCACCGCCCUCGAGACCUACGUACGGGCCCUCUCACCUACAUCAGCUCAUCCCUACGCGGCAUUUCAUUCCUCGCAGCUUGCCUUGCAAUCCACCAUCGACGCCAUCUUGACAGCACUCACGCGCCCGCCCCGGCUUAUCAACCAGAUCAAUGCCUUACGCCGCACUGUAGAACGCAACUACUCGUCCCUCUCACGCUCCACCCGAUGGCCGCUAGGACUUCUCGACGACGCCCGCCAGCGGCUCAACGAGGAGCGUGAGGAGAGGGUUCGUGCCGGCCAGGCUGAGGUGGACAAUCUCUCCCGCGAGCUAAGGUACACCCAGCAGACAGUGGCGGCGGAGCUCGCAGGGUGGCAGGACAUGCACGAGAAGAUGGGACGCAGAGCGAUACGGGAGCUCGCAAGAGGCAUGGUCGUGGUCGAGAAGAUGCGGCUGGAGGGAAUGAGGCGAGCCCUGAGGAAGCUGAAAGAGUUCGGCGGCGCAGGUGGCGCUGAGCCCCUGCGACCCCCUGGGUUUUCCAGCCUGACCCCGCCUGUCGCGCUGGCUGGGCUCAACAUGGCCCCAAAGCAAGAGGCCGAGGUUGACGCAGGCCUACCUGUGCAGUCAGACGCUGCCAGGACGCCAAUUCCCAAGGAGAUCAUGAAGCUGGACGCGGAGGAUUCAGCAGGUCCGAGCCCUACGGGAUCCUCCAGCUCAGGUCAGGUCCACCGACCAUUAUUUGAUGACGAGCUCCCUGGCGAGGAGGAAAGGGGCAGUGCUAGCAGGUAA